AUGCAGCAUUUCUCGCGUCCAUUUACGGCUGUCAAAUUUCGAAAGGUUACUGUUUAUGAAUACGAGGAAAAGACUGAAAUGUUACGUAAGAAAGAUGAUGUUGUGCCUGCAGCAGCUGGACGCGCCAUCAUUGAGCAGGAAAAGCAACGG